AUGGGGUUUGUUAAAAGAGCUAGAGCUAGGUAUGUGUGGAUAGAUGUUCGCGAUACCAACAGUGGGAGUGCGGAGAAGGAAUCAACUUAUUGUGACACCCACAGACUGGAGAAUAUCGUAAAGGAUAUACAAGAACUGAUCGGAACCGGAGAGAAUAUUGGUAGGUUUGAGACUAAAAUAACUGAUUUGUUGCGUGCAUUCAUUCACAUUAGUUUUUGUAUGAAAGAAGCAUCCAUACGGGGUACAACACCAAUGACUAUUAUACACAAUUACAAGAUUUCGUUUCUUCACUUGGUGUCAGUUUGUAUUUUCUAUCUAGUUUAUCUUUUUGCUUUUUUUUUUAUUUUCAUUUUAUUUUUAUUUUUGCUUUCUUCUUUGAUUCAAGUAGGGAGAUAUCACUCACAGAGUUUCCCAAUGCACACAUGCUCAAGAAUUGUACCGUUACCAUUUGAGCAUGCUAAGACACUACGGUGUUUGGCCAGACCCUAA